AGUAGCUUUUCUAGCUGUUUAGUAGCAGAAAACAAAUAGAAGAAUACAGAGAGAGAGAAACCAACUAGUACCCACUAUAAAUACAUGCUGGUUGGUGCAACCCAUUUGCCUUCACAAACAAGGCCAUAAGCCUAAUAACUGAACAAAAGGUCUAAGCCUAACUGAUGCCGCCAAGGAGUAAACAAGAACUAGCACACAUGGGCACAUCUGAGCAACCAUGCACGAGCACGCCCAACUCGUUCACCACCACCUCCUCCUCCUAUGUCACCUCCCAGCAGAUUCAUCAUCUGCCACAGCACGACUCCGUGGUCUGCACCGAACCGGGGCUGGGCUUCCCCUACUACUAUGUCACUGACCGUCAGCAGGACGCAGCGUUCGACGGCGACGAGGUAGAGCUCGGCUUCCAGGCUUCCAAGGCCACCAGGGUCGACUACUACAGCUCGCCUUACCAGCUGUCAUGGCCGCUGGCUCGCGCCGCGGCCGCCGAGUCGUCGCGCGUCAGGAAGAAGAGGUUCUGGGACGUUCUCGAGAGCUGCAAGCAGAAGGUCGAGGCCAUGGAGGCCAUGGAGUCGCCGCUGGUGGCGUUCCAGGAAGCCGAGGACGGGGGCGCCGUAGUAGGGGAUGGCGGCGGCGGCGGCGGCGGCCGAGGGAGCGGGGGCGGCGCGGACGGGAUGCGGCUCGUGCAGCUGCUGGUCGCGUGCGCCGAGGCCGUGGCGUGCCGCGACCGCGCGCAGGCCGCGGCGCUGCUGCGGGAGCUCCAGGCCGGCGCGCCCGUGCACGGCACGGCGUUCCAGCGCGUCGCGUCCUGCUUCGUGCAGGGCCUGGCGGACCGCCUGGCGCUGGCUCACCCGCCGGCGCUGGGCCCGGCCAGCAUGGCGUUCUGCAUCCCGCCGUCGUGCGCGGGCCGCGACGGCGGCGCGCGCGCCGAGGCGCUCGCGCUGGCCUACGACCUGUGCCCGUACCUGCGCUUCGCGCACUUCGUGGCCAACGCCUCCAUCCUGGAGGCCUUCGAGGGGGAGACCAACGUCCACGUGCUGGACCUGGGCAUGACGCUGGGCCUGGACCGCGCCCACCAGUGGCGCGCCCUCCUCGACGGCCUCGCCGCCCGCGCGGGCGCCGCCGCCAGGCCGGCGCGCGUGCGCGUCACCGCCGUCGGCGCCCCUGCGGACGCCAUGAGAGCCGUCGGCCGGGAGCUCCUGGCGUACGCGGAGGGGCUCGGGAUGUGCCUCGAGUUCAGGGCGGUCGACCGCAGCCUCGAGAGCCUGCACAUCGACGACCUCGGGAUCGCCGCUGACGAGGCCGUGGCCAUCAACAGCGUCCUGGAGCUGCACUGCGUGGUGAAGGAGAGCCGCGGGGCGCUCAACUCCGUGCUCCAGACCAUCCGCAAGUUGUCGCCCAAGGCGUUCGUCCUCGUCGAGCAGGACGCCGGCCACAACGGGCCCUUCUUCCUGGGCCGGUUCAUGGAGGCGCUCCACUACUACGCGGCCGUGUUCGACGCGCUGGACGCGGCGCUCCCGCGCUACGACGCGCGCCGCGCGCGCGUGGAGCAGUUCCACUUUGGCGCGGAGAUCCGGAACGUGGUCGGCUGCGAGGGCGCGGCGCGCGUGGAGCGGCACGAGCGCGCUGACCAGUGGCGCCGCCGCAUGAGCCGCGCCGGGUUCCAGUCCAUGCCGAUCAGGAUGGCGGCCAGGGCGCGGGAGUGGCUGGAGGAGAACGCCGGCGGCGGCGGGUACACGGUUGCUGAGGAGAAGGGAUGCCUCGUCCUCGGCUGGAAGGGCAAGCCCGUCAUUGCCGCCUCCUGCUGGAAGUGCUAGUCUGCUGCGCUCGCCACGUUCCGCUGCGCCGGCAGACGGAGAGGUAUACGUAUACCACCCAAUACCGUGGUUGUCUGGCAUGCACGCAUAUUCAUACGGUACUGCCACUAUAUGCUGGCCAUAGAUAGCAUACACACGGUGGAGGGUAGAUGAAUAAAGAGCUCAAAGCUUAGAGAUGAGCUCGCGCAUGCUUCUAGUUGCUCAAGCUGUUAUAUGUGCUUGAAAACACUUGUAUAAUAAGGCCCUCACGUAGUGCUUGGUUGAGUUGUUUGACAAAUUGUGUAGGUCUGUUAACCAAUCUAACAGCAUGAGAAGGUUUCGAUUUCUUGUUGUAUC